UUGCCCUUCCUUAAUUGUUCCACAUAACUGACCAUCUGACUUAAUGAUGGUGAAGCCGUGGUUCUGCGGCUGUGCUUCUGUGGAACCACGUAUUUUUCCAGUAAAGUGGGACCGUCACUAACGGACCUGUCCCAGAAGAGUGGACUCAACGGUUACGACGUGAGCGUCAACAUGGAACCGCACGCGCGUGAUUUGACGCGGGCGUCUGUCUCGAAUCCCCGUUUCGACCGAACCAACUCGGGGGGCGGUACACCUUAAGGAUUUUCAUCGGUCAAUUCUUGGUGAUUUUGGAAUACAGGACAUAACCCUCGAUAUCUUAAUGGACAAAACGCAACGUUGUCAGGCUACGCGCGCAUUUAGCCUAGAGAAUGUGUGCUAUAAAAGCGUAUCAGGCUGCGCAUGAUUAGAAAACCAACCAGACGACGCGAACCGAACGGAUAAGAUCCAACCGAGCACAACAGAACCAAACGAAGUGAACAGAACCGAACCAAACUAACGGAACCAUGCCGUGUACGUGCAGGAACUGGCGGCGGUGGAUCCGGCCUCUGGUUCUGUGUCUGUACGUCGCGUGCGUGCUCGUUGCGCUGCCGCUGUGCGUGUGGCAACUACAGAAGGCUGAGGUGGGGGCCCAUAGUAAAGCCUGGUUCAUAGCGGGAGUGUUUGUCUUUAUGACCAUUCCCAUCUCCCUCUGGGGCAUCCUGCAACACCUGGUACACUACACCCAGCCUGAGCUACAGAAACCUAUCAUCAGAAUCUUAUGGAUGGUUCCCAUCUACAGUCUGGACAGUUGGAUCGCUCUGCGCUACCCCAGCAUAGCCAUCUAUGUGGACACGUGCCGGGAGUGUUACGAGGCCUACGUCAUCUACAACUUCCUGGUCUUCCUGCUCAACUACCUGUCCAACCAAUACCCCAGCUUGGUGCUGAUGUUGGAGGUCCAGGAGCAGCAGAAACACCUGCCGCCUCUCUGCUGCUGCCCCCCCUGGGCCAUGGGAGAGGUGUUGCUGUUCCGCUGUAAGCUGGGCGUGCUGCAGUACACCGUGGUACGCCCCCUGACCACGGUGGUGGCGCUGAUGUGUCAGCUGUUCAGAGUGUAUGAUGAAGGAAACUUCAGCACCAGGAAUGCCUGGACAUACCUGGUUAUAAUCAACAACAUUUCCCAGCUGUUUGCCAUGUACUGUUUGGUCCUGCUCUAUAAAGCCUUAAAGGAGGAGCUGAGUCAGAUUAGACCUGUCGGGAAGUUCCUCUGCGUCAAGAUGGUCGUCUUCGUCUCCUUCUGGCAGGCGGUGCUGAUCGCUAUCCUGGUCAAGGUGGGGGCCAUCUCAGACAAGCACACCUGGGACUGGGUUGGGGUGGAGUCUGUUUCCACUGGCCUGCAGGACUUCAUAAUCUGUGUGGAGAUGUUUCUGGCUGCUAUAGCUCACCACUACAGCUUCAGCUACAAGCCCUACAUACUGGAGGCGGAGGAGGGUAGCUGCUUCGACUCCUUCAUGGCCAUGUGGGACCUGUCGGACAUCACCGCUGACGUCACUGAGCAGGUCCGACACGUCGGUCGGACAGUCCUGGGGCGACCUAACAAGAUGUACUUCAGCUCCACUAGCCGUCCGGAACACACAGAACAUACAGGUCUCCUGUCUGCUCCAUCUCAGCGUGGGUCACAACAGGAUGUCAUCGCUACGGAAACCGCCUCCGUCCCUGCAUCCCCUCUGUCCGGUCACUACCAGGGUUUAGGUCACACCCCCAUCUCACAAGGACACACCCCAACGCCACACUCUUUUUCCGCCCCCGCAGGGUUCACCUCCUCUGAUUGGGACGAGGAGAGCGAUGAGACCCAAUCAGAGACCGCCGCAAGGGUGUCACCUAUUCCUCCUGGUGUCGGCCCAACUGGUGACAUCACCGCCGACAACAGCAGUGCUCUCAUUGACAUCACUGUGAGCAGUGACGUCUCUGACGGGGACUUCACUGGCCACGCCCCCAGUGACAUAAUCUCUGAUGCCUUUGUUGACAUCAGCGCUGACCGUACUGGGGAAAUGAGCGGCGACUUUCCUGGGGACAUCAGUAGUUACAUUACUUCUACAUAGGAGGAGGAUGAUAGGCCCAAAAUGUAUUCCUUCCUGGCUAAUGUCCCUUCUGUUUUCUGAUUGGCUGAGACAACCCUGUAGUGCUGUCUCUAAAUUCUAGACCGUUUUAUGGCCACAGAUGUAAUAUCAAUGUUAUAUAUUUUGUUUAUAGAAAAAAGUGUCACGUUUUGACAAACUAAUGUUGAGGACUAAUUUACAUGCUAUUUAAUGUUUGCUUUCAUAUUUUGUGGCCUUUUGAUGUUAAAAAGUAUUUUGUUUUUAUCUCUUUCAUUCAUUUAAUAUGUAUGCAUAGUUCUGUAUUCAUAUUUAUUUUACAGCAAAUGUCCUUAAUAAGAAAGUGCUUUUUUAUGUUAACCACCAGUGAAAUGUUUAUCGAUAUGAAACUGAAAGCUACAUGGAUUACAAAUAUUUACCAGUGAGAGGGCACUUAUAUAUAUUAAUACAAAUAUUUCAUAGACAAUAUAUCAUUAAUAUUUAAUACAUAAUACUUCAGAUUGCUAAAAUUGAAUACAUAAUAUAGAAUGAAUAUGCAGUAUAUACCUAAUAUAUAUUUUCAUACAAAAUAUAAAGACGUCUUUCGGAAUAAUCUUAGGGAAGCAUAUCUAAUAAUCUGUUCAGCUGUUUGUAUUACGACAUUAUUACCAUAUUAUUACUACAUAUCACUACAUUAUUACCAUAUUAAUACUACAUAU